AUGCAGAUUGUUAAUAAUGUUGAUCAUCAACAUCAUUAUCAUUAGCACCACAGUAAAAGGCCAAGAAUCAAGCAACAGGAACGCAACUCUGGGCUCCUCCAUCGUCGCAAACUCCAAUUCCACGUGGAGGUCGCCUUCCGGUGAAUUCGCUUUCGGGUUCUGGGAGGUCUCUCCCGGAAACUUCUUGCUAGCCGUAUGGUUUGAUCAAAUACCCGACAAAACCCUAGUUUGGUCUGCCAACCGCGACGAACCAGUUCCCGCUGGAUCAACCGUCCAGCUUUCCGCAGACGGAACGCUGGAGCUCGUCAAUCAAACAGGCAGUCGGGUAUGGGCUGUUCCGGCCCGGACAGGUACGGUGGCCUAUGCCGCCAUGCUCGACAACAGAAACCUUGUGCUUGCCUCCAAUGCUUCAGCCAUCCUGUGGCAGAGUUUUGAUUCCCCCACUGACACUUUAUUACCAACUCAGGUACUCAAUCGACAAAGUGUUCUAUAUUCCAGUUUCUCGGCGACCAAUUUCUCGAGAGGGAAAUUCAAAUUCACAUUGCAGGCCGAUGGAAAUCUGGUGCUCGUCACCAGAUCAUACCCCUCCGAUGAAAAUGUGAAUGCUUAUUGGUCGUCGGAUACUCGUGACGCCGGAUUCCAGUUGAUCUUCAACAAUUCCGGCAUCAUCAACCUAAUCCGGCAGAACGGAACCAUACUCCGGCCUCUCUUCGGCAGCGGAUCUCUGGCCGGCAGUUUUACCAGAGACUGGGCUAGAACACGACGGAGUCCUCCGCCAUUAUGUGUAUGAUGAUUCAUUACUGCCAUCGUUGUCGUCGGCGUGGUCUGUACGCAAUUUUGAGCCUUCAAAUAUAUGCCAUGCUAUUAGAGAAGAUGAUAUGGGCGGCGGGCCCUGUGGUUUCAACGCUUACUGCUCCAUCAAACCUGACGGAAGGUCCGCCUGCCACUGCCCCUCGGGUUACUACCCGAAGGGCGGAUUCAUUGGCUGCGCACCCGAGUUCGUGCAGCACAGAUGUGACCUUCAACAAGCGCAGGAUGCGCAGAGUUUCACAUUCAACGAGAUGUCUGGCGUGAAUUGGCCUUUCAAGGAUUAUGCGAUUGUCAGGGACGUCGAGGAGGCAUGGUGCCGCCAAGCAUGCAUUUCUGAUUGUCUCUGUGCUCUUGUAAUAUAUUCUGGUAGAGUAUGUUGGAUGAAGGCUCACCCCUUCUCAAAUGGGAGGGAGCAGGAAGCAAAGGCCUUGAUAAAGGUCAGGAUGAACAACACUUUGAUGUCGAAUCCUGACACCCCUGCCCCCGGCCCCGGCCAAGAGAGCAGUAAGAGUAGCUCCACCACUGUAACAUUGUCGGCCUUGUUAGGCUGUUCGGUGUUAUUGUUUAUUGUUACAAGUUUCUUUUUUGUUAUCUACUUGAAACGCAGAAAAAUGACAAUGGGGAAACAGAGGAGCCAUGUGCAACCUGCUGGAGUGAGCACGAUAAGUAGCUUCAGCUUCAAAGAGGUAGAAGAAGCUACCAAUGGAUUCGAUGAAGAAUUGGGGAGGGGUGCUUGCUCCAUAGUCUACAGAGGUACUCUAAAAAAUGAUGGAAAGGUUGUUGCAGUCAAGAAGCUGCACAAGAUCUUCGAACGAGCAGAUGAUGAGUUCACAGCUGAAGUGAGCUCAAUUAGCAGAACCAACCACAAGAACCUUGUGCAGCUGCUAGGGUAUUGCGACCAAGGCCAGAACAGAAUUUUGGUGUACGAGUUCAUGACUAAUGGCUCUCUAGCCACAUUCCUCUUUCAAAAACCAGAAAGGCCUAGCUGGCAUACAAGAGGGCACAUAGCAUUUGCAAUCGCAAGAGGGAUAUGCUAUCUGCAUGAAGACUGCAGCGUGCCCAUCAUACACUGCGACAUCAAGCCUCAGAACGUGCUUCUGAACGAGACAUUCACCCCCAAAAUAGCAGAUUUUGGGCUAGCAAAGCUUCUCAAAGCUGAUCAGACAAGAACCAUGACCGGCAUAAGGGGGACUAAAGGGUAUGUGGCUCCGGAAUGGUUCAGGAACAUGCCUAUAACAGUUAAAGUGGAUGUGUACAGCUUCGGGAUCAUGCUGCUCGAGCUGAUGUGUUGCAGAAAGAGUUACGAAGCAGAUGUGGAAGACGAGGGAGAAGCAGUUCUUGCUGACUGGGCCUAUGAUUGUUACCAACAAGGGGCAUUAGAUUUUCUGGUGGCGGGCGAUGAGGAGGCGAGGAGCGACAUGAAAACGUUGGAGAUAUAUGUGAAGACGGCAAUAUGGUGCAUUCAAGAAGAUCCAACACAGAGGCCUCACAUGAAUAUAGUAAUGCAUAUGCUUCAAGGAUCAAUGCAAGUCCCUACUCCUCCAGAUCCUACUGCAUUUGUGCACUAAUUACGUACUUAGUAUUUCAUGUCCUUAAAAUAAUGUCUCUUUUUCUUCAUUUACAAAUUUUAAAAAAUUAUUUGAAUUCUACUAUAUUGUACUACUCCGUACUAGUAUAUGAGUCUCAUUUUUUUUACUGUAAUGUUAGAUAGAUUACUUUUGUUAAAUAUAUUUGCAUGGGCGGACAUAAAAUUUCA